AUGAAUAUUCCAAGUGAAUAUAAAUCAGUGACUGAUUACGCUGUGAUUUGUGGCAAACGAUGUCAAUUAUUUGAAAGUUUGCUAAGAGGUAGAAGAUUAAAGAAUUUUGAAGAUUGUUUAUAUACUUGCGCAGAGCAUGUAAAAGAUAAUAUGGAAAAGUUAUAGGCUGAUAAAUUUGAUGAAUGA